AUCACAAUGACGCCACGCAUUUUAUUAACAAACACUUGUCGACAAAAUUAGUUAGUUGUCCAUUAAAAGAGUCUAUUUUGAAAUAUAUUUGUAAUUUGAAUGACUCAAAUUAUUGACACGUUUACUCAGAAAGCAUUAUUUUAUUCAAUGCUUUCAUUGAAUUUACACUAAUGUCUGAACGUGCCUGGCGACCUCACUGAAACCGUUACUCAACACUAAGAAAAAACUAAAACUGCUGCAGAAAAUUGUAAUUACAGGACAUAACUUUACUCGUUUCAAUGGAUACGAACGCUAGCAGCAGCAGCAGCAGCAGCAACAGCAGCAGCGGCAGCAACGAUGAGCAGCCCAGCAAGACGCCAGCCGAGACAGAGGCCAAUGCAACUUCUGUGCCUAUGGAUACGCUCGAGGCCCCGCCCAGCGGCACCACCAACUCCAGCUCCAAGACGCUUAAGCGGUGCGUCAGCGUGCCCAUCAUACGAACGUUGCCGGGUAAACCGACGCCCAUGACUACACGCGCCGCCGCAGCAGCUGCCGCGGCUGCCAAAGAGCAGACACCAAAGAAGAAGCAACAGCCGCAGCAGCGCACCGACUCCUGUGGCAGCAGCAUCUGCUCCACUUUCAGCCUGAGCUCUGGCGCAGGCAUUGAUUGCUUUGGCAAAAGUAUACACAUACGCUCGCAGCCCAACUCCCGGGAAGUUUCGCCGGCGCCGGUGUUCAAUCCAUUUACGCCACGUGCGCGUCGCUACUCGGCCAGCUACAGUCCAGCGCUGAACGGUGCUGGUGGCAGCCUGGGUGCAACUCUGUGCCUGACGCCACGCGUCUCGCAGCUGCGGCAGGAAGAAUGUGCCGAUCUAAAUAGCCGCGAAGUUAACCAUGAGCGUGAGGUGCAUCGCGAAAUUCAAAUCUCACAGAGCUGGGAGGAUCUCACACUGGUGACAGAGAACUGGUCAUGCAAAUCGGAUGAGCUCUCCAAUCCGCUGCAGACGAUGCUGCCCACUGGCAGCAGCAAUAGCACCAGCUGCUCCAGUCCCAGUCCCACCAGCAAUCGCGCCGGCAUACGUCCGCCCUACUCACCCUCGCCGACGCGUCGCACGUUCGCCACACGGCGUUCCAUGUCACCCAUUCCGAUGCGACCAUCAUCUCUGGCGCCCGUCAAGCGUAAAUUCGAGCUGGAGGACAAUAAUCCAGGCGUCAGCAACUGGAGCGUCUACUCCCCGCCGCCGCCCAAGAAGAUCUUCACUGAUAGUCGCGGCUCAUCACCUGUGUGCCAAUCGCCCUCGUCUGUGUGCCCCAGCCCCGACUCGGGCACCUAUGACGGGCGCAUUACGCCGAAGCUGUUUAUAUCGAAGCUAUGCACAAACAACAAUGCCGGCGGUAAUAACAACAGCAGCAGCAGUGGCUGCCCCUCACCUGUGUCCGCCUCGCCCAGCAGCGUUCUGCCUGGGAAUGGACUGGAUGGCAUAUGUCUGGCGGGCGGCAGUCAAAGUCAGAGCAUCGACGAAGGCAUCUCUAUACCGGAAAGUGAGACAAACACUUGUCGCAGUCGUACCUCAUCCAUAUUGUCGACGGCCUCGUCGAGCAGUGCGCUCGGUGGUCCCCAACUGCUGGUCAAUGAUAUGGUGGACGAUGCCACGUUAAUGGAUGAUGCCAAGAGCGAGACGUCAUCGAUUGGUGGCUGUUCCACCAUCAGCAUUGAAUCAUCCUCGUGCGACAGUGGCGCCAAGACGGGGGCCACCUUUCUAAAUCGACUGGUUGUCGACGACAGCUGCUCUCCGCUUGCCCAGAAGAGUUUCUACAUCAACAAGCAGGGCUUCUCCGGGGCCAAGAAGUUCAUAGUUAACCAUGAAAAGCUGGGCACAUCUCUGGAGACCAGCAAGGCCAGCAAACAGGAUGUGCAGCAAAAGCUUUAAGCGAUCCCAAACAUCGCACUGUACCAUAGAUAACCUGCAGCCGCUUUUACCCUGUCUAAUUUGUAUAUGCCGCUACCACCUAGUUAUAUACGUAGCUCUUAUGAUGGCACCAAUCAAGCGUUAUUCUAACCCAGCACCCACCCAAUGUCCCGAGCUUUAUUUAGUUCGCCUUAGGUUUAAGUAAUGUACAUAAUUAAGUUGUUUAAUGCCAGAUCGUUUAUAUAUUUGCAUAUCAUCAUUAUAACCUGCCCGCACUAUUCAAUAUCAUCCUGUACAUCUUCAUAUACUGUUAGCAACGUUUGUGUUUUGAUAUGUUUAUGGCGCAAUCCGAUGAACCCGAUCCCUGAUCCGUAUCCCCAUCCCUUAAGCGUGUAUGUCUCAUGCAGUUUCGAUAUAUGAUAUACACACUUAUGAAAUAGACACCACAUUUUUUUAAUAUAACUAUAUACAUAUAUAUACAAAUAUAUAUAUAUACUUAGGUAUAUUUAGCCCUAUUUACGGUACACUUAGUUAUUAGCCCGCUUAGAUUAUAGUACCAAUCCAAUUUUGCCAAAUAUGUUUCU